UAGGUGUUCUCCUCCUCUCUCGAGGACUCCUAAUUGGCCACAUGCUGAGUAAUGUGACCAAUGAGUUUCAGGGCCGGCUCUCUUCAUUGUAUGUGUGUGUUUGUUGGAGUUCAUCAGUGCGUUUUACUCUUCUGGUGUCUCCUACAGAAGGAUCUGGAUUGGUUUUACACUCCGGCUGAGGAUCUACGGUUCCUCACGUUCUAGAUCCCGCUCGAAGGCUUCACGCUUUGUCGAAAAACACUGAGGAAUCCCUAAUAAACCCCAAAGAGAGAAAUUUGUUCAUCCCUAUUUUUGGGUCAAAUAUUUACACUAAUUGCUAAUAAUCUAAUAAUUUACAGUAUAAUUGACAUUAAUAAUCAAAAAAUGAAGGCCUGUUUCCUCACAAAUAAAAGUUUGGAGCAUAAUACACCUCAUACAAAUUCAUAGUCUCCUUUUGUGUUUCACAGAACUAAAUAGCGGGUAAACAUACAGAUUUUGAUUGACAUGUAUUUGAAAUUUCAUUUUCAUUAUUUGAGGUGCUAGCCUCUUGCCAACUUUCCAUCACCAUGACAAGCACCACCAGUGACCAAAAGGCCGUCUCCUGCCCCCUGAUGGCCAAACCUCCCCGUCAGCGGCUGGUCAGCAAGGACGGCCGGAGCCUGAUGCGAGGCAGUACCCCGGGCUCCAGAGAGACGUGGUUCGGGGCCCUGCGGGACAUGUGGGGGACGUGGCUGGCGCUGCGGUGGCGUUGGGUGGUGCUGGCAUUCUGCGGCUCAUUCCUGCUUCACUGGCUGCUGUUUGCGGUGUUGUGGUACCUGCUCGCCCGUGUCAAUGGAGACCUGGAGGUGCCUGAUCAUGACUCUCCACCACCCGGGCAUGUGCUGUGUGUCAAACACGUAACGGGCUUCACCGCCGCCUUCUCUUUCGCCCUCGAGACGCAGCUGACCAUCGGCUACGGCACCAUGUACCCCAACGCUGACUGCCCGACCGCCAUAGCACUGCUCGCCCUGCAAAUGCUGCUGGGGCUCAUGCUGGAGGCCUUCAUCACUGGUGCAUUUGUGGCUAAAUUCUCCCGCCCUCAAAAGCACUGCGGUGGAAUCCUGUUCAGCCCUCAGGCCGUAGUCUGCGAGGUCAGAGGUCAGCGUUGCCUGAUGUUCCGCGUCUGUAACCUGCUUCCAAGGCCACUGGUGGAUGUGUGCGUGAGCGCCGUUCUCUACGAAGAGCGUGACGAUCAUGAACUCCACCAAACCGCGAUGGAAUUCAGCGUAGAUAACCUGGGGUCACGACCUUGCCCUCUUUUCCUGUCACCUCUGACCUUUUAUCACCCUCUAACUCCAUCCAGCCCUCUAAACAACGCCCCAAGCACCAAACACUUCGAGCUGGUGGUGUUCCUCACCGCUUCUCAGGAGAGCACAGGCUCUGGAUACCAUAAGAGGACCUCCUACCUGCCCGACGAGAUCCAGUACGGCAGCUGCUUCACCAAGGUGAUGUCUCGGCUCGGAAAAGGCCGGAGCAAAGCUGAAAGCAUGCGUUAUUUUGACACGCAGCCCUGUCCGCUCACACUCCCAAACACACACACCGGCGACGCACUGGAGAAAGAGCAUGUGGUGGUCCAGAUCAACGGAGAAGGCAGCGACCGGGUGGAGUAGCAGUGCUUUAUUUUUUUGCAAGGGUGUGUGAUUUCAUAAGAAUUCUCCGCUCAUGAAACGGGCAUUUCAUUUCACGACACAACCUCCAGUUUAUGACUGUUUUAUCCCAAAAGACAACCUCAGUUAGUUAUGAUCUGAUAUGUCACCCUGUCCCGUUAGAAACCCAUCAAAACCAUUUUUGCUGCUAUAGACACACUUGUGUUUUCCAGAGCAACACAGGUGAGUGACGGCGGCUUAAGAUCUUGUUGGCAAUAAGAAGAAUCUCCAAUAUUUUAUGACUGUAACUGACCAUCUUCACCCUAUGGACAUUUUCACUGCAUUACCUGUCUAUAUCUGAGUCAGAAGGGCCCUUUUUCAAAAUAUAAAUUAUUAAAGCGCUACACACAGUGCUGGGUAGAUUACUACAAAUUGUAGUCUGUUACUGUAUACAAAUUACGAUGGAAAUGAUAUUUUGUAAUGCAAUCUGUUGGAUUACACAUAUUAGGUAAUGUAUUCAGAUUACUUUUAGAUUACUUUUGACCUAAAAUAUAGUUCAUUCUUUGUGUUCAACAUCAUGAAGUGUUUUAAACAUUACAUUAAGCCGGGGAUUCAUGAAUGAACUACAGGGGGUUUGUGAAUUGAUGAAAAGCUGGAAGACUUUCCAAGUGUAUAAAAGCAGUAGAAUUUUAUAAAGGAAAAUUUAAGAGAGAGAGAAAAAACUAGCGCAAAUCAAAUUAUGAAUACUGCCAUUGUGUUAAUAUGUAAUCAUGUAAUCUAUAAAAAAAAGUAACUGUAAUCUAAUUAUGAGCAUUUUAAAAUAUAAUGUAAUCUAAUUACAAGUACUUUUUUGGAAUCUGAUUACAUCAUCCAGAUUACAUGUAAUCCGUCACUACCCAGCACUGGCUACACAGACAAGGGUCAUCCUUGUCCAUAAAGUAUUUUUAUCAAACUAUAUGAAUGUUAGAAAUAGUUCAACCAAAAAUUAAAACUCUGCCAUCAUGUACUCUACAGAAGUGGAUGUUCAUAUUCAUAUAGAGCGUUGCAGUGAUGAUGUAUUUUUGUAUUCCAACCCAGAAGUUCACAUCACCCUGGUUCCCUCGACGAAAACCCAAUGUCAUUUUUACACAGUUUUUUGGAUUAUUACAUAAAUUAUUGGUCGGUGGCCAACAAACUUUUUUAAUUCCUUACAUGUAAAAAGUAAAAAGCUAAAAAUGGGCUAUAAAUAAACUACACCAUGGUCGCGUGACUUUAAAGUCACCACCAUUAAGCUUACAACAACUCCUUCAGUCUUUAUUUAUAACAGUUUCCCUGAAAGUCUGAGUUAAAAUAGCUUGCAAUAGCUUGAUUAUAAACACAAAGAGGCUGUAAAAGCAGACUAGAAGUGAGAAGAUAAGUUUAUCUGUUUGGCACAAUGACGUUUAAUGUCGCGAUCAGCCUCUGUAGUCCCAUUUAUAUACUUGCUAGCGACCUCCUUUUUGAAGACAAGUGAAAGAUUAAAAAAAAAAAAACUAAGGAGUAUUACUAAUGGGUUUUUAUGUCGUAGAGUAAAAUAUCUUGAGCUUGUGUUAACCACAGACUUAAAUUAAGGCAUUUAACAAAAAGCCCAAUCAAAAAAACCCACUGGCUUCAGAAACCAGAAGUCAACCAAAUGUUUGUUUCUGGGUUUUGGCCUACAAAAAUAUCAUCCCUGCAGCACUCGUAUUACAUUUGGUUGAACUAUACCUUUAAAGUGUUCAUUAACACCCCUAUUAAGUGCCUACUGACAAACUUUUAUUUUUCCCACCAAAGUCACAAAAUGGACUCUUGGAUGAAGAGAUCGAAUAUUGAACUUAACAUUAACGGUUAUGUAAAUAAAGUAUAUAGAUAAAUAAAUAGAUUAUUUACUAGAUUAUUUUGGGGAAAUAAAAUCUCAAUAUUAUCAGUGCAAUGCAAUCCAUGCAAUAAAUUUUUUUUUUAAAAUAGCACAAUCUUAUUGGUGGCACAACACUGUCUGAUUUUUUACUCUGUAGGUGAUUAUGCACAUGUACUGUUAAUCAGGAAAGACUGACUGCUUUCACUUUAUUAUUAUAUGUAUAAAGCAUGAUUGUUAAACUCUGGAUGGCUGGGAAAGAAUUGUAGUAAUUCAGUUUCCUGCAAACAGGCCACUAAUCAAAUUCUUUCAAGCUACACUGAGUGGAAACUGAUCUGUAAAAGAAAUGUCUUUAUUUUGAUAUGUGGAACACAAGACUGGAUUAAAAUAUCUGUGAAAAUGU